UCCUCCUGUAUGCGCCAUGGCCUCGCCGCCGGCGAAGAAGAAACCCCCAACCACCAUACGCGACCUCGACCAAGACACCCUGCGCGAGAUCCUCUUCCGCCUCCCCUCUCUCCCGAGCCUCGUCCGCGCCGCCCUCAGCUGCCGUGCCUUCCUCGACGCCAUCCGUUCAUCCCCAGCCUUCCGCCGCCGCUUCCGCGCGCUCCACCCUCCCCCACUCCUAGGCCUCUUCCUCAGCAUCGAAGACGCCGUCAUCCCUUCUUUCGUGCCUCUCCGCCGCCGGCCCGACCCAGACCUCGCCGCAGCCGUCCGCGGCGCCGAUUUGUUCCUCACCCGUCUCCCAGUUCCCGAAGACGACAUCUCCCUUCCUUGGUCAAUCUGCGACUGCCGCGAAGGAUUCGUUCUUCUCGGCAACUGGAGCACCGAGCAAAUGGCUGUCUACAACCCGCUCACGCGGACCCUGGACCUCAUCCCCCUGCCGCCCCGCGAAAGCCGUGUGGGCUCGCAUAUUGAUUUCUACAUCCUCGCCUCGGAACAGGACUACCGGUCGUUCCGCAUUGUGUGCGUCCGGCACAGCAAAUGUGGGGCGCUCGCCAUCGUCUUCUCAUCAGACACAAGAAAGUGGAAGAUCUUCCCAUGGACAGACAUUGACGGGUUCUGGCCUCAACAUGGUAAGGUGGUGAAUGGUUGCAUCUAUUGGACCAUUGGAAUGCCGACGGACGCCCGUGUGCUUAACACCGCCACGAUGCAGUUCUUUCGGAUGGAUAUGCCGCCGCGCGGGACAACUAAUGAAACAUUGACGGCUGGCGAGACCAAGGAUGGAAGGCUCUGUGUGGUGUUCGCGCCUAUAGUAGCACUGAGGCCCGAGUCAGCACUUGUUGUUUGGAUAUUGAGAGCCGAUGCUGGCGAUGCUGUCGAGAGAUGGAUGCUGGAAAAGUCGCUUCCAUUGCAGGAGGUAGCUGGGAUUGUUCGGUGUCAAGUUGAGGAGAAUGUUAAAGUUCAACUCAGUGUUGAUGCGAUUAUUGAUGGCUUUGUGUACUUGUCUGCUUAUUGUGGUGCGUGGGAGCAUCAUCAUUCGACUCAUUGGUUCCUAUCCUACUGCGUGGAAAGAGCGGUGCUGAAAAAGCUUGACCGCAUCCUUUAUGAUGCUUCCUAUCCCUACAUUAUGCCAUGGCCUCGUUCGUUGGUACACAGCAAGCCAACCAACAUCAAGUUAAAGGCUAUGUGAGCUACCAGAGGCCAUUGAAGUGAUAUCUGCUCAUUAAGCUGCAUCAUCGGACUCCUUAAGGCAAAGGCGCAGAAGAAGAAACAUUUGUGCCGUUUGAUUUGUGCAUGCAACGCAGUCGGUUCAAACUAUGGAUUUUGACUGAGGGAUACUACCAAAGAAGCGGGGUGGCAUAUUUGCAAGGAGGGCUUCAUCAACAUGCAGCUAGACUUGUUGGUUCACACCAAGAGUCUAAACUAUCUUCAGUUCGAACUUGCAAUAUUAUGUCAGAACUUCCGUACAGCUCUUACAUUUAUUGGCCUUACAAUUCUUUUCUGUUAUUUUCGCCAUUUUACUUUGAUUUCCCCCCUUGUUUCUUCUUUCUUUUAUUUACCGUUUUCCUUUGUACUGACCCCAUGACCACUACCGAUUUCGCAUGUACAAUACAAUAUUCAGUUUGUACAUACCGGGUCAUAUAGAUCCAGAGGCCAAUAUUUCCAUGAA